UUAAAAUAAGUUUUUGUUCUCGCCUCCCACAGCGGACCUUUCCUGAUCCUCCUCGCUGAAAAACUCCUUGAGCCUUGAGAAAACCGUAAGGCCCGAGCCCAUUUUGGCAAUUCCCUCUGUUUUCUCCUUUUUGUCUGUCUAUAAGCAAACUUCGAAACCCAGAAGAAAAACCUUAAAAAUGGAAUCCGAUCAAACGGUUCUUUGCCAAUUGCUUGCCGUCGACCUCAGCGACUAUUGCUACAGAGUUUGCUCUCGCUGCGAGAGAGUCCUUCCCGGAGAUAAUAACAAAUGCGUCUUCUCUUCUUCUUCCUCCUUAUGCAAAUUCUGCCAAUCCAACGAACCCAAGCUGCUCUACCGUAUUCUCAUGUCUGUAGUAACAGAUACAUCAGUUAAAACUGUCAUAUGUUUUGAUAGAGCUGCUACUGUCCUCUUCGGUUGCUCAGCUGAUGAGUUCUUCCACUUCACCAAACUCAAUCCUAAAGCCGCAUCUAUGGUUAAUCAGGUCUUUGAUGGAGAGAUGCUUCGGAUGACGCUGACUCGGCCUAAAAACCUUAAUGCGCAACACAUGAGAGUGACUUCUGUUGUUCCCCUAAGAUCAGGUUUUCAGCCUGCUAUUGUUACGCUGAGACAGCUCUGCUGCACAAAAAGUGCUUCUUUGGGGGGGAUUGUUCUAUAACAAAUAACAGUUUCUAAUGUUGGGGUCAAACAUUAUAUUGGUGACUACAACAAUCAUAACAUAAUGUUGGAGUUGUAAAACUUGUUUGCUUUUGAUUUGUGUCGGUGAAGUAGUCUGAUGUGAUUAAGUUCCAUUUGGGUGGUCAAGAAAAUGCCUUUUACUACAUGAGUGUUUUAAGAGUGACGGUUUGCUAACUCGAGUUCUUGUAAGAGGAAAGUUAUCACAUUUGUUGUAACUUCUUGAAGCUCAAGA